CAUAGUUGUUAUUUUGUUCCUUCCUUCCUUCUAGAACUUGCUAUAUCACACUACAUUUUUGCAAGGUUUGUUCUCAACUCCAUAUCUAAUCAUGGAUAUUGAGUCAACAACGCAAGUAAACAAGGGUGGAUUUUUUUCUCGUUUGGGGAACUGCCUCGUGGCUAUGCCUAGGAACUUCAAGACCAAGGUUAUCAACUUCGCAAGAAGCAUAACAAAGAUUGGAAAAGAUGACCCCAGACGAGUAAUUCACUCAUUAAAAGUGGCAAUUGCUCUCACAUUUGUGUCCUUGGUUUACUACUCAAGGCCUCUUUAUGAUGGCUUCGGAGUUGCGGGAAUGUGGGCUGUUCUGACAGUGGUGGUAGUGUUUGAAUUCAGCGUAGGUGCAACCCUUAGCAAAGGUUUAAAUAGAGGAUUUGCUACAUUAUUAGCUGGUGCUUUAGGGGUUGGAGGGCAACACUUGGCCACUGCUUUUGGAGAAAGAGCAGAACCUAUUGUCCUUGGAAUCCUGGUCUUCAGUUUAGCCGCAGGGGCUACUUUUUUCAGAUUUUUUCCAAAAAUCAAGCAAAGAUAUGACUAUGGGAUUGUGGUAUUUAUAUUGACAUUUUGUUUGGUCGCUGUCUCGGGUUAUAGAGUGGAAGAACUCUUCGAGCUUGCUCAUCAGAGACUUUCAACAAUUUUAAUAGGAGCAGCAGCUUGCAUGGUCAUCUCCAUUUUCAUUUGUCCAGUAUGGGCAGGUGAAGACCUUCACAUGUUGGUGGCUUCCAAUAUUGAAAAGUUGGCAAAUUAUCUAGAAGUAUUCGAAACCGAAUAUUUUCAUUGCUCGGAGGAUACAAAAAAGUGUGAGAAGUCAGUUCUUGAAGGAUAUAAAAGUGUUCUUAAUUCUAAAGCAAGUGAAGAAUCCUUGGCAAAUUUGGCAAGGUGGGAACCAGGACAUGGCCGUUUUCCUCUUCGUCAUCCUUGGAAGCAGUACUUGAAGAUUGGAGCACUUACUCGUGAAUGUGCUUACAAGAUUGAAACCCUUAACAACUACCUCAACCCGGAAAUCCAAGUAUCUUUGGAAUUCAAGUGUAAAGUUCAGGCACCAUGCACAAAGAUGACUUCAGAGUCCAACAAGGCAUUAAAGGCAAUAUCUUCAUCAAUCAAAAAAAUGACACACCCAUCAGCUGCCAAAGUUCACAUAGAAAAUUCAAAAACUGCAAUUGAAAACCUCAAAGUUGCCCUUGAAAUCGUUUCGUUGAAAAAUACUGAUCUCCUCACCAUAAUCCCAGUUGCCACAGUUGCAUCAAUACUCGAAGAAAUCACCAAGUCAGUGGAGAAAAUAUAUGAGUCUGUUUCUGAGUUUUCUCACUUAGCCCACUUCAAGAGUGUUGUAGAACCCAAUGUCUCACCAGAGAAGCCUCCCCUUCUUCAUCGAGGUAUCAUAAAACCUGUUGUGGAUAUUGAUAACACCGUCGACCAUGUUGAAAUUACGAUCCCAGAUAUAACUACAGACUCUCUAGAGAAAGAAAAAGCACCAAUAACAAAACCCUCCGAACAUUUGUAAAUAGUUGUCAAUGUCAAUUACUUGAGACUAGUUAUUUGUCAUGACUCAACAUUCGUAUUCCAUAGUUUAGUUUAAUAGUCUCCGAUGUAAUUCUACUCUUGCAAUGUAGAGUAUUUAGAUUAAGGUUAGAAGAUUUUUAAUAUUCUUACCUUAAUUUAAUUUCUUCGAUCUUUACGUUUCUGUUGAUCGUGGGUUUGGUUUUGCUUUAGCCCCCCACGUUUGAUGUUGUUCGUUUUUUUUUUUCCUUCUUUUCAGUUCUUAAUAAGAUUUGGCGGUACUGCAUAUGAUGGUUAGGAUUUUUGGUGUCAACCUAGUAGCUAGUUGAGAUCAUUGGUUCUAGCUUGAUGUUUUGCGCUGCUAAUUUUAUAAAUAAAAAAGUUCAACGUUUUCUCUUC